AUGUCUCAUUCAAAGAAAUCAAUAUUAUCAGUAAAAUUUUUUAUACAAGAUCCAUUAAAUCAUGAUCAUAUUGUUUAUCGUUGGAUGACACCUAUUACAAUACGUCAUUUAGAUUGGGAUAAAAUUAUUGAAAAAUUACAUUAUGUAACAUCGAAAAAAUAUUCAGGAUUUGAAAUGACAUGGUAUGAUGGCUUUCAUCAUUGUGUAUUGACUAAUACAAAAGAUUUACGUAAGGCAGUUGAACUUAUGCAAAGACGUGUAACUGAAGACAACUGUGUAAGACUUCAUGUUAGAGCAAUACCAAAAUUAUUACGACCGGAAUGUCGUUCACAAAUUAAUGAUGAUACACAAUUUUCAGGUCAAUAUUUACCUAGUUACUUAGAAGCAAUUGGUCUACAACCUUCAAUGCAAAACGAUUCAACUAAUAGUGAAAAGCAAUUCUUUAAGGAAGAUCUAUUUCCGAAACAUGAAUACCGUUGGUAAUGAAAGCAAAAUAGAUAUGUGCAGAUUCAAGACUCCAUUAAGAAUAUUCAUAUGGAUCUAAAAUGUAAACUAUUUCUGAAAAUAAUUGAACAAUGAUGUCUCUUUUAUAUAAUUUUUUCCAAUGUCUUUGUUUACAAAAUAUUGCCGCCACCCCCCG